UCUGCGCUGCGUCUGUCUCCGCACAUUUCCGCAAAGUUUGGGAGUGUAGACUGCCACUCUCCCGCAACCAAUUAACUCCAUUUUACUUCUUUUAGUCAGUAAUUUUAGCAAAAGUCGUUCAAAAUGAGCGAAAUCAAGCCUAUCGAAGUCACCGAGGAAGUGGAUGAGGAGAAGGAUUGGGCCGCUGCCAAAGCGUUCUUUGACAACCUCAAAACUAAAAAACCCAGACCCCCCAAACCACGAAACGCAGUCACUAUCGCCGUUUCUUCCCGGACACUUUUCAACCUGGUGGAGGAGCGGAAGAUAUUCAAGGAGCAGGGCGUAGAGAAGUACGUCGCUCACCAGGUGGAACACGAAACCGAGCCUCUCCAGCCCGGGCCUGCGUUCCCCUUCGUGAAGGCUCUGAUGAACGUGAACGACCGCCUGAGACAGCUGUACCCGGGAGAGGAGGAGCUGUUUGACAUCGUGCUCAUGACCAAUAACCACGCCCAGGUCGGAGUGCGCCUCAUCAACUCCAUCAACCACUACGACCUGACCAUCGAGAGGUUCUGCAUGACGGGUGGUAUGAGCCCCAUCGGUUACCUGAAAGCCUACAUGACCAACCUGUACCUGUCCAAAGACCCAGAGAAGGUCACAGAGGCCAUAGAAGAAGGUAUAGCAGCAGCCACCAUGUUUAUGCCGGAGAAGAUGCAGUCCCAGCUGAGUGACACCCAGCUGCGGGUGGCCUUCGACGGGGACGCCGUGCUCUUCUCUGACGAGUCCGAGAUCAUCGUCAAACAGCAGGGCCUGGACGAGUUCUUCGAGCACGAGAAGACCUUUGAGAACCUUCCUCUGGCACAGGGUCCUCUAAAAUGCUUCCUGGAGGCACUGGGAAAGCUCCAACGAAAAUUCUACGCCAAGAACGAGCGACUGGAGUGCCCCAUCCGCACCUUCCUCGUCACAGCCCGCAGCGCAGCCAGCUCGGGGGCCCGCGUCCUCAAGACCCUGCGCUCCUGGGGCCUGGAGAUAGAUGAAGCUCUGUUCUUGGCCGGAGCGCCCAAGGGACCGCUCCUGCAGAAGAUCAGACCCCACAUCUUCUUCGACGACCAGAUGUUCCACAUAGAGGGCGCGCAAGAGAUGGGCACCAUCUCGGCUCACGUGCCCUACGGCAUCGGACAGAAGUACCACCGGGGGAAGCUGAUCGAGAAGCCAGCAGAGAAGAAGUAGAGAUACAGGAGCGUUUACAAUAUAACAGGAAAGGCAAAGGGCUUUAGAGGGUUUACAGGGACGUACAGACAUAUGAGAGUUAGGAAACGGUGGGUGAUCAAAAAGGUCAAAAACUAAAAACUGUUUUAGAAAGGCUGUUCAGUAGUUUGUAAAAUAAAUAAAUAAAUAAAAAAAAACAUUCCCAAAUGGAGGCAACUGGAUGCAUAAAAGUAAUAAGUUUGUUUGCUCUUUGAGGACACCCUGCUCCACGGGCUCGGGGUUCUCUAAGGGGUGAUCCUAGAUUCCAAGUCCUAGUCCAAGAUUAGUCCUGGUUUUGUUCUGGUUUAGACCUGGUUUAGACCUGGUUUAGUCUGGGUUCAGUUCUUGAUUCAGUCCUGGUUUAGACCUAGUUUAGUCCUGAUUUAGACCUGGUUUAGACCUGGUUUAGUCCUGGUUUAGUCCUGGUUUAGACCUAGUUUAGUCCUGGUUUAGACCUGGUUUACUCUGGGUUCAGUCCUUGAUUCAGUCCUGGUUUAGACCUGGUUUAGACCUAGUUUAGACCUGGUUUAGACCUGGUUUAGUCCUGGUUUAGUCCUAGUUUAGUCCUGGUUUAGACCUAGUUUAGACCUGGUUUAGACCUGGUUUAGACCUGGUUUAGACCUGGUUUAGUCCUGGUUUAGACCUGGUUUAGACCUGGUUUAGACCUGGUUUACUCUGGGUUCAGUCCUUGAUUCAGUCCUUGAUUCAGUCCUGGUUUAGACCUAGUUUAGACCUGGUUUAGACCUGGUUUAGACCUGGUUUAGUCCUGGUUUAGUCCUGGUUUAGUCCUAGUUUAGUCCUGGUUUAGACCUAGUUUAGACCUGGUUUAGACCUGGUUUAGACCUGGUUUAGUCCUGGUUUAGACCUAGUUUAGUCCUGGUUUAGACCUGGUUUAGACCUGGUUUACUCUGGGUUCAGUCCUUGAUUCAGUCCUUGAUUCAGUCCUGGUUUAGACCUAGUUUAGACCUGGUUUAGACCUGGUUUAGUCCUGGUUUAGUCCUGGUUUAGUCCUAGUUUAGUCCUGGUUUAGACCUAGUUUAGACCUAGUUUAGACCUGGUUUAGACCUGGUUCAGACCUGGUUUAGUCCUGGUUUAGACCUGGUUUACUCUGGGUUCAGUCCUUGAUUCAGUCCUUGAUUCAGUCCUGGUUCAGUCCAUAUAAAAGUUCGGCAUCUUCACUCAGUUAUUUUGUUGAGAGUAACUUAAAGUUCUGCAAUAGUCGUGUAAUGUUUUACAUUUUAAACACUGUAAUAUUGUAAUGUAACGAAUGACUUUGAAAUGACAGUAACAAGUCAUAAAUAACACAUUACAAAUUUGAAGUAACUUACAACAGUGGUCAUAACGUGUUAAACAUUACGAUACUUCUGGCAAAUGUGCACUGCUAAACUAGUAUUUUACCUUGUGUUUUUUAAUGUUAGGAGACUAUUAGACACACUCAUCAUCAUUACAACAUAUUAAAUGUUUUGUGACGCUCAAAUACUAUUUAGGCUUCAAUACCUAAUUGAAAAUAUGGGAUCUCACUUUUGCCUCCAGUUGCCACCAUUUCAUCGUUUUGAACAUUCUGAUGACAUAGUAUUUUAAGGAAUCUGUAAAUACACAGAAAAACAAUAGUGCAUUUCCAUUGUGAGAUAUUGUGCUUUGGUAAAAAAUAAGUUCUAACUAAACCGUUUGUAUUUGUUCGACUUAAAGCUGGGGUCUGAUUUCACGUAAAGCAUGUCAAAGCAGCACUUUGUAACACAUGAGGCCACCUCUGUUUGCUGUGCGUGUCUCUCACUGUAAAGAGUUUUUAAUAGAGAUGUAACAAUAACCGAAAUAUCGUGAUAUCGUAUCGUCAAAGUUCUCACAAUAAUAUCAUGAACCAUCACAAUAUAUCAAAUUACAAGUCUCUUUGCUUAAAUUAAGAGUUAUGAUGCAGCAAUAGCUAAAAAAAGACAGAGGGAACUACAUAGACCAUGAUCCUUUGCUCCAUUUCAGUGCAGAUUACAAGAAGAAAUAACAGUUCUAACACUUUUAAGUCUUAGUGCUUUGGAUUAAGUCUUGUCAAGGCAUUUUAAGAGGAAAAAAGUAGCAUAUUAACAGUUUUCGUGAGCUUCCCUACUAUAUCGCAAUAAAUAUCGUAUCGUGAGGUUCAUAUCAUGAUAAUAUCGUAUCGUGAGACUUGGAUAUCGUUACACCCCUGGUUUUUAAAAUCACGUUAGACAGGCUCUGAUAACCGCUAUGUUCCCUUUAGAGACGAGUGCGUUGGGGCUUCACCGUGUUUCACUUCUUGCCUUAAAAAGCUGUUCUGAAGCUUGUCCAACUGCCAGAUAAAGUCAUGCACGUAUUUGAAAAUCAAUCACCCCAGUUUUAAGUAAUUUUUACAAGACAUGUGCCUUUAUUUUACCUCACUACAUGUUUAAAAAAAUGUCUGUAAUUUACAAAUUUUACGUACAAAUGUUGUAUAAAAUUGAGUUCAAACUGUAGAGACACUAUGGGGAAACUGCACAUACAUGAAACACAGAUACAGAUACUUUUGCGUUUUGUUUUGUAACAGAACUGCAAUUUCACUCCAAAGUUGUGCUGUUUGUGUCUGUAGUGUAUUUAAAGGGCCCAUCUCAUGCAAAAUAACUCUUUUCACAUUGUAUCUUCAAGCACAAUUUGGGUUUUGGAACAUCCAUUACACAAUAGUUAUGAAAUCUUACUGAUUUCUUGGAGGCGUCACAGACCAGGAACUGUGAAAGACCGACUAUUGCUCCUCCCCCCGCCCGUCCUGAGAAAGCACAGGCUCCGCCCUCCAAACGUGACGUAGGCUCUGAGUGAGCCGCCCUUCCUCCGCCAUCUCAGGGAGGGAGGGGGAGACAGACGUGACCCUGAUAGUGGUAGAAAUAAACUUUUAUUCAUCAUGGAGAUACAGCGCGUUCAGCCGCAUGUGUUGGACCUGGAAUCAGACGAGGACUUUGAGGAGCAUCAGCUGAACAUUACUGAUUGGUAGAGUACUGAUAAACGCUAGUAGAUAAAAUGAUUAUAUUGUGUAGCCUGCAGUGUAGAACAAUGAGCUUAUGCUGUCACUUUUGUUGAGGUGUUCAUGUGGGAAUUUUCAGCCGACGCAGAUGGAAGCAGGGGACGGGGACGGGUGCGAAAUGCUGAUUUCUGCUACCAGUGUUGGGAGGGUGACUUUUAAAAUGUAUUCCCCUACAAAUUACAGAUUACACACCCCAAAAUGUAGUUUGUAACGUAAUCCAUUAAAUUACUUAAAGUGAGUAAUGUAAUCUGAAUACUUUAGAUUACUUGAUUUACUGUAGAGAAGCAAAGACGAGGAAAUCGUAACAUAAGAAGUUUUGUCUGAUAAAAAAAAAUAAAAAGUCCAGACUUUACUGAACCAAAUUAAAAAUAUUACUGAUAGAAGAAGAGUAGGAGACACGGUCCAAGCAGCAUGAUUUAGUCCUGUUAAAUCCUGGUUUAUUCCUGGUGUAUUCCUGGUUUAGACCUAGUUUAUACCUGGUUUGGACUUGGUUUAGACCUGGUUUUAGUCCUGGUUUAUUCCUGGUUUAGUCCUGGUUUAGACCUAGUUUAGACCUGGUUUUAGUCCUGGUUUAAACCUGGAUUGGACCUGGGUUUAGUCCUGGUUUAGACCUGGUUUAGUGUCAGGCAAUGAGUGGAAUUACCAAACACAACAGAACAAAAAAAUGGAAUAGCCAAAAUGUGAAAACAGGAAAAUACCGCCGUGUAAUCCAUUUAUUUCAACAAAGUAACUGUAAUCCAAUUACCACUCACUGAAACAGUAACUGUAACUGAAUACAGUUACUCAUAAUUUGUACUCUGAUUACAUAACUCCGGUACAUGUAAUCUGUUACUCCCCAACACUGUCUGCUACGUCAAACGCGUCGUCGUUGUAGCAGCUUUAGUUCGUUGUCAUGUGGGAGGGUGGCAGAAAUACGCUGCAAUUUGUUAAAAAAAAUGCAGAAUUAAUCUAAAAACCACUUGGGUGACAAAUACAAGGCCCACACAUCUUGGAAGAUAGAAAACUCUGAAAAGUCAAUUUUGCAUGACAUUGGCCCUUUAAAUCUAGGACUAGUGUUACUAAAGUUAGGAUGAUACAAUAUAAAUAUACAAAUGUAGUGUCUCUUUUGCUUCUCAGGAUUUAUCUGCGUGUUGCAACCUGCUCACACUGACUUGGCAAAACUGUUCCUGCAUAUUCAGUUUUUUCAGUGCAUUUGUGUUAAAGCAACAAACUUGUAACUUGUUUUCUUUCAGACACUUGUAACAUUAUUGUGAUAAAAUAUUUAAUGUUUUUAUGGCAACACAUUUUACAUACAACCUUUUUUUUACUGUUGAAAGUUUAUUUUUUAACUUAAAAUGUAAAAAAAAAUGCACAAAACCUUUAAGAUUUUCUGCUGCAAUAACAAACCGAGGAAGAACAUAUGAAUUUAUAAGUAUAUUUUGGUCUAAUACUUUUCAUUUCUAUGGGUUUUAUUAGUUUGGACAAAAUUUGGUUCUAUAAAUCUUCACAUUUUCACAGAUUUUCAGUUCAAAAGGGAAGGAUUUUGUAUUUCAGAAGUUGAUGAGUCGAUGUUUUUCCAUGCGGCCUCUUCCAGAAUCUCCACCAUUUGAUGUAGUUCAUAAAUAAUACAGGCAGCCUAUUUUCCUGUGCGCGCUGUUGGUGGGCGGGGUUAUGUGGUUUGGAUCACUGCUGUUUUGCUGUUUGACGCACACUUUUUCUUGUUUCUCGUGGGUUUUUCAAGUUUACAUUUUGGACACCAGCGAACUGUGUGUAUCGUAUUCAUGUUCGUGCUUGAUAGGACAAUGUGUUUCCUAAUAAAACGUGUGCAAUGACAUAA